AUGGCUCUAGGGCCGCAGAAUUUGGCCACAGCCAAAGUCCAAAGAAGAAUCCUGCCCCUCAAUGAGACAAGAACAGAGAAACGCAGAUUGCCUCGUAGAAGCCAGGAAAGCCCUUUCUAUCAGAUCUUGGAAACUCAGAGUGUGCCUUGUACUGCCUGGCUAGGACAAGCUUCUAGAGGUUCCAUUUAUCCAGAGGCAGAAUGGACCCUCUUCCUUGCUACUAAAAUUGUAGCCAGUUUCAACAAAGAGACUAAACUACCUAAGGAAACAAUGUUUCCUCUUACAAGGUACAAUCUUGGCUCUUCCGCCGUGGGUUGGGGGCGGGGAGGGGCUGUUCUUGGAAAUGUACUCCAGAGACUUUCUUAUUUAACCAGGAUUCAGACUACAUUGCUACAGAAUUCCCCCUGCUGA